GGAAAAAAACAAACAAACAAGAACAACAGCAGUCAACCGAACGUCACAAGACGUGCAGUUUAGCUAACACGAGCGGCAGCAAGCGUUGCCAUGGAUGCCGCGGCGUUCCGGUCCCAAGAAAAAGGUAGGAUUUGACGCUAUCGCUGGAAGCGAGCGAGCGAGCAAGAGCCAGUCUGGCGAGUGGAAUUUGAACGCGCCGUCGAUGAUAGAAAGAAAAGAAAGGGCGGUUUUAUAUCCGGGUCUUAUGCGCGCUUUGGAAUGAAAGCAAUGUGUGAACAGACACUAGAAGGUGAAGGGCGGUAUGACUUUCGUAUUUCCGAGCUAUUAGAAACGCAUCACCUGAGACACCUUGAGAGAGAAGACUGUCGGGUCGGACCGAUUGUUGACUCUUGGUGGAAAUUUGGCCAUUUGCUUUAUCAAUGUGGCAGGCGACGUUUCGGUCAAGCGUUAAGAUGUUCGUCCUUGUCUUUGUUUUGUGCUUCGGGUUCGGCGCGCCAUUGAUCGCAAAUGACGAGACUCACACCCUGACGUACAUCUACACCCAACUUUCGGGGGGGGAGUCGCUCCCAGCUGGCGUGUACGACUUCAUGGCCAUGGGCGUGCUGGACGGUCACGUGAUUGACUACUAUGACAGCGGUACCAAGAGGAAGGUCCCCAAGCAACCUUGGAUGUCCAAGGAGUUGAGCGCCACCUACUGGGAGCAAGGCACCCAGUCUAGGAGGAGAAAACAGCAGUGGUUCAAGGUCAACGUGGACAUCCUGCUCGAGCGCAUGGGACACAACCGGUCGGACAUGCACGUCCUCCAGUGGUUGCACGGUUGCCACGGCGACCUGCAUCCCAACGGCACAGUGUCGUUCCGCGGCGGCGUGGACACGUACAGCUUCGACGGCCUGGACUUCCUCUCCUUCGACUACAAGCAUGCCAAGUGGGUGGCGACGGCCCCCGCGGCACUGCAGACCAAAAGGAAGUGGGACGACGUGGCGCUCCUCAAGGACUACACGCGCGCCUACCUGAACAAAGAGUGCAUCACCUGGAUGCAGCGCUUCCUCGGGUACCGGAGCAACCACAGGCAGCGCACGCCGCCGCCCUCCGUGCACAUGAUCGGCAGGAAGGCGCGCGCGCCGGGCACGCUUCUUCUGACCUGCCUGGCCAGCGGCUUCCCCCUCAAGGACGUCGUCCUGGAGAUCCGCAGGAACGGCCGCACGCUCGCCCGAGAGGACGGCGUGACGUCGUCGGGCGUGCGACCCAACGAAGACGACACCUUCCAGAGGCGUGACAGCGUGGAGGUCCUGGCGAGCGACGCCGCCCAAUUCACAUGCGUCCUGCGACAUCGCGCGACCGGACUUCACGUGGAAACGCUUUGGGAUGGCAAGAUCUCGAGCGCUCCCGCAGCUAACGUGGUUGGCGGCUCGAUUGCUGGCUGCGCCUCGGUGGCGGCCCUGGCGGCUGCGCUGGGCUGGUUUUUGCGCAGGAAGUUCAAAGGUGCUACUGACAAGGCCAAAGACGGGGCGGAUUACCUCCAGCAACUCGAUAACAAGCAAGGCCUUCUCCCGCCGGCCGCCGUCAGGUCUUUGGACCCUGGCUCCUCCUCCAGUUCAGCUGCCAAUUCGCAGGACUCGCUGAUGGCCGGCGCAGACGAGCGACCCCAUUGACCUCUGGACCAGUGACGUUAUCGGUGUGGAUGGACUCGCCUCCGCUUCCCUUUUGGAGCUCCUUUUCAAUCAUCGAUCGUGUUUGAAAAGAUGGUGCCGUUGCACAACACAGCGUUGCCAUUUGCAUCUCUGGACACAGCCAUGGCAUGGGAGCUGAUCCGCUUUUCCGUUGCAAAUGAUCGAUUGCUUGGGCUGCGGAUUCGACUCUUUUAAGAUAACCUUUAGUAGUCCCACACUGGGGAAAUUUGCAGUCUAUAGCAGCAAGAUGGGGGGUGCAAUAAUUUUUGUGCAAUAAAGUGUUUCAUUGCACAAAAUUUCAGAAGAGCUGUACACACUUCAAUAUAAGUGCAAUAUAAAUCAUUUUGCGGGUGAAUAAAAGUUGGGUCCAAAGAAAUACAAAGUGAGAUAGCAGUGCUCAACCCCCCCAUUAAAAUUAAAAAAUUAAAUUUGAUGUGUGCGACUCAAAACGAUGAACUCCAAACGUGUUUAACCAG